CUUAUUCUCUUCAACCCAAAUUAUAACUCUUACUUGAUUAGAGACACAAACACAAACAUGCUUGCAUGAACAGAUGGUCCUGUUUUGAUUAAUUUGCAAUAUGUCUCAGGUCAUCAGAAAGAUUAUGUGGCCCAAGUUGAGAUCAUCUCUUACGAAGACAGGCAGUGGGGCUCCAAUAAUGCAACACGUCAUGAGCAGCGUGCGAGGCAAGUUAAAUGUAAACGAGGAAUACAUGAAAGCCUUUAGAACACAGUCUUACAUGGAAAUAUGGAGCAAAGCCCAAGUCCAGCUGAGAAAAAAGGACGAUGAAGAGAGAGUCUCUUCUUUGUCUCCUGUACCUUCCACCCCACAUCUCUCUGAUUUCUUGCUCGAACCCCAGCAAGAUAUCCUAACCGACAUGAUCAAAAACUCCAACCUACACCACCUUCUCAUCGACUACUUCCAAGGCAGCAUAGAAGCAAGCAAAAUAUGCGAGUUCCUCCUGAAAAGCAUCGAUCAAACAAGAGUCAACUAUUGCAUAAUUCGAAGGAUCCUCAACGAAACCAAAAGGCUACCUGCUGGCUCUUGUGAUUACAGCGAAGAUGAGUGCAAAACUAUAUUCCGUGAUCUUGAUUCAUUUGCCAAGCUCAAUAACCCUCUCUCCGGCUUUACUUCGAUGCAAUUCCGUCUAAUUCAUGACAGAUACGGGUUGAUGCUCAAACAAUUGAGAACAGCACGUAAAAGGGUAACCAGGAGAAAGAAACUGAUUGGUGUAAGCAAGAAGGCUGUUGGAUUAAGCCUGGUGAUCGGGUGCAGUGCACUUUCAGUAGUCACGCUAGCUCUUGCGGUGCAUGCAUUGGUGGGUCUUAUAGCCGCACCGGGGUUAAUCAGUUUCUCUCUGGGUGUCAUGAAGAAGCAGAUUAGGUCUGCCCGAGUUGGGCUGAAGACCAACAUGCUCGCGAGGCUCAGCGCACAGCUUGAUGCAGCAGCGAAAGGAGUGUACAUUCUGGACAGGGAUUUUGAUACGAUAAGUCGGCUUGUGGAGAGGUUGCAAGAUGAGAUAGAGCAUGGUAGGGUGAUAGCUAGGAUGGGGGUGAGGAAUCGGAAGAUAUUGAAGGAGGUGGUGAGGGAAUUCCAAACCCAUGAGUCUUGCUUCCUGGAUCAGCUGGGGGAGCUUGAGGACCAUGUUUACUUGUGCUUUCUCACCAUUAACGCAGCUAGAAGGCUUGUCGUACACGAAAUAAUGGUGCAGCCCCAACAAAACACUUGAAGAUAUAUAGAUUCAAUUAACUGCAUGGAAUUAGCAAUCAAACACUGACGGUACGUUCUGAUGCAUGUAUUGCUGAUAGCAAUCAAGAUUCAAGAUCACUCACAACUACAAUCAGUGACUAGUGAAGCUUCUAUUUUAGUUGUAGUCCGCAGGCCAGAAGCUCUGCAGAAUUAGCUUUCCUCUGAAUUAGUAUACCAAAACCCAAAAGAUGAUGAUGCAAAAUACAUGUAAUACAAUAAUAGUUUUAUUGUUGUUUCAUUGCAAUUCCUUGAUUUAUUAUUUUAUCCCCCCUCCCCCAGUUUGGACUCUCUUAAUUAAUUAGGUGAUCUCUUUUUUCUUGA